AUGGCUCCGAAUUCGGUUCGGACCCACAAGAAUGCGGCGUCGGUUCGGGUAUCCGGGCUCUCAUUCCGGGGAAUCAUGUCCAGAUUCAGAUACUCCGCCGGCCUUUUGGCGAUCGCUGUCGCGCUUUUACUCUCUGUCUCAUUUUUCUUCGCCGCCUCAUCGAAUCACGCCGAUCCCAAAUUUGGAUUCUCGUUGGGUUCUUCUGAAUCCCAGCCGUCAUCUCUUCGUAGAUCAAUUUUAGCAUUAAAAUCAGAUCCUUUGAAGCCACGGUUGGAUCAGAUCCGGAAACAAGCAGACGACCACAGAAAUCUAGCUUUGGCUUAUGCUGCCUAUGCUCGGAAGCUGAAGCUUGAAAACUCAAAGAUCGUGAGGAUUUUCGCAGAACUGUCUCAGAAUUUCACUGACCUAAUCUCGAGACCUUCGCACCGAGCAUUGUUUGAUUUAGAUGCAAACUCAAUUGAUGAGUCUGUGCUGAGACGUUUCGAGAAGGAGGUGAAAGAACGAAUUAAGCUAACCCGACAAGUCAUUGCUGAGGCCAAAGAAUCCUUCGACAACCAACUGAAAAUUCACAAGUUGAAGGACACCAUCUUUGCUCUGAACGAACAGCUCACGAAAGCCAAAAAGCAGGGCGCUUUUUCGAGCUUGAUUGCAGCCAAGUCAAUUCCCAAGAGCCUGCACUGCUUGGCUUUGAGGUUGAUGGAGGAAAGAAUUGCUCAUCCUGAGAAGUACUCAGAUGAAGGGAACCCGCCUAAACCCGAGAUUGAGGAUCCAAAGCUUUAUCAUUAUGCAAUAUUUUCUGAUAAUGUGAUAGCAGCCUCGGUUGUGGUGAACUCGGCUGUUAAAAACACAAAGGAGCCUUGGAAGCACGUGUUUCAUGUUGUGACUGAUAAGAUGAAUCUGGGGGCCAUGCAGGUGAUGUUUAAGAUAAGGGACUACAGUGGUGCCCAUAUUGAGGUGAAGGCUGUGGAGGAUUAUAAGUUUCUCAACUCCUCAUAUGUUCCGGUGCUGAAACAGCUUGAGUCUGCUAAGCUGCAGCAGUUUUACUUUGAGAAUAAGCUAGAAAAUGCAACAAAGGAUACAACAAAUAUGAAGUUCAGGAACCCAAAGUAUCUCUCGAUUUUGAACCAUCUCAGGUUCUAUUUGCCGGAAAUGUAUCCUAAGCUGCACAAGAUUCUGUUUUUGGAUGAUGAUAUUGUUGUUCAGAGAGACUUGACGGGGCUGUGGAAGAUAGAUAUGGAUGGGAAGGUGAAUGGUGCUGUCGAGACGUGUUUUGGGUCUUUUCACCGAUAUGCACAAUAUAUGAAUUUCUCACACCCUCUCAUCAAAGCCAAGUUUAGUCCCAAGGCUUGUGCAUGGGCUUACGGUAUGAAUUUCUUUGAUUUGGAUGCUUGGAGGAGGGAGAAGUGCACUGAGGAGUAUCACUACUGGCAGAAUCUGAAUGAGAAUCGGACGCUGUGGAAAUUGGGGACCCUGCCGCCAGGUCUGAUCACCUACUACUCCACGACCAAGCCACUAGACAAGUCUUGGCACGUUUUGGGGCUCGGUUAUAACCCGAGCAUAAGCAUGGAUGAGAUCAACAAUGCUGCUGUCAUACACUUCAAUGGAAAUAUGAAGCCAUGGCUCGAUAUUGCUAUCUCCCAGUUCCGCCCGCUCUGGACUAAAUAUGUCGACUAUGAAAACGAGUAUGUGCAGACCUGCAAUUUUGGGCUAUGA